AUGAGAAGCUCCACCUACUUGUACCUGAGUAGUAUGGCAGUGAGUGAUCUGCUGAUUCUACUACUGCUCCCCCUGGAUCUGUAUAAGCUCUGGAGGCCCCGGCCCUGGCCCCUGGGGGACGCGGCCUGCAAGCUGACCAUGUUCCUCUCCGAGUGCUGCACCUUCUCCACCAUCCUGCACAUCACCUUCCUCUCUCUGGAGCGCUACAUGGCCGUCUGCUGGCCCAUCCUCACCAAGACCUUUGUGACGCGCCAGCGUACCAAGGCCCUGAUUGGCUGCCUGUGGCUGGGGGCGGCGCUCAGUGCCACGCCCGUGCUGCUCAUGGUCGGUGUGGAGGAUCGAGGCGGGGGAACAGAGACCCCGCCGGACAACGCAGAGUGCCGCUGCACAGACUACGCAGCCACCUCUGGCCUGAUGUCAGCCAUGAUGAUCCUGUCUAACCUGUACUUCCUGGUGUCGCUUGGCAUCCUGGCCGUUGUCUACAGCCUGAUUGGACGUACACUGAUGCUCCGCCCCCCAAGCAGCCGAAGAGAUAAAAGCCAUCGGUACACUGUCAAGAUGCUCGGGGUCAUCGUCUUGGUGUUUGUCCUGUGCUGGCUGCCGUUCCACAUCGGCCGGACGAUCCUGUCCUUCUCCCUGGGCUCUACGAUGGACCCCUACCUGCUCUACCACCUGACUCAGUACUUCAACCUGGUCUCCUUCAUGCUGUUCUACCUGAGCGCCGCCGUCAACCCGCUGCUGUACAACCUGAUGUCGGGCCGGUACCGCCAGGCCGUGCGCAGCCUGACGCGCGGCCUGGUGCACCCCCGCAGCGGCUUGGGGAGCGGCGAGGGGAGCGGCGUGCGCGCCCUGCCCCCGCCCCCCUCCACCACCACCACCAUGUGA